AUGGGCGGCCAUCGGGCAUGCAUCAUUUUGUGCGAGGGCAGCCGGAAGGCGCGCGCCCUCUCCCGCAUGGGUGGCCGGCCGGUGUACGUCAUCUCACGUGUGGGUGAACUGCGGGCACAUGCCAUUUUGUGCGCAGGUGGCCGGCAGACCUUGCGCUAUCUCCCGUGGGUCAUCUCCCACAUGGCCGGGGUCGUGGGUUCUGCGGCGGCGCUGGCAGUCGAGCCGGGGGAGGAUGCCUUUAGGAAACUUUUUCGCUUCUACCGACAAAGCCGUCCCUGGAGCGCGGACCUGGGAGGUGUCAUCGACUUCUCGGCGGCUCACACUGCCCGGGGCUCAGCUGCCCACAAGGUGGUCAGAUCUCCGCUUAAUGUGUCCUCAGUCAAUGAACACGAUGCACGUAGAGCAGGACUUCAGCCUGUCAGCAAGUGGCGAGCCUAUGGCCUAGAAGGCUAUCCUGGAUUUAUUUUUAUCCCAAACCCUUUCCUCCCCGGAUACCAGUGGCACUGGAUCAAGCAGUGCCUUAAGUUUUAUUCCCGCAAACCCAAUGUAUGCAACCUGGACAAGCACAUGACUAAAGAAGAGACCCUUGAUGUGUGGGAACAGAGUAAGGAGUGCCUUAGGCAGAAAGACCUGAGUAAACAGAGACCUCGAAGUUUACUUGAGAAGCUACGCUGGGUGACCUUGGGCUACCAUUAUAACUGGGACAGUAAGAAAUACUCAGCCGAUCAUUAUACACCUUUCCCUUCUGACCUGGCUUUCCUCUCCGAGCAAGUGGCCGCUGCCUGUGGAUUUCUGGGUUUCCAACCUGAAGCAGGUACCCUGAAUUACUACCACUUCGACUCCACACUGGGAAUCCACGUUGACAGAUCAGAACUAGAUCACUCCAAACCCCUCCUGUCAUUCAGCUUUGGACAGUCAGCCAUCUUCCUCCUGGGUGGCCUCAAAAGAGAUGAAGUCCCCACAGCCAUGUUUAUGCACAGCGGUGACAUCAUGGUAAUGUCAGGUUGCAGCCGCCUGUUGAACCAUGCCGUCCCUCGAGUUCUUCCAAAUCCUAAGGCGCAGAGCCUGCCUCCCUGCCUGGAGAUGCCCCUCCCAGCUGAUCUCCCCAGAGAUGCGGUGGUGGAGCCCUGUUCUCUGGAAGACUGGCAGGUGUGUGCCAGCUACCUGAAGACUGCCCGUGUUAACAUGACUGUCCGGCAAGUGCUGGCCACAGGCCAGGCCUUCCCCUUGGAAACCAUGGAGGAGCAAAAAGACAUCACAACAGAAGGUCUCUGCCAUCUGGAUGCCAAAAAGACCCACGUAAAACGGGCCAAAUUGGACUCCAACAGUGGAUGCUGGUAG